AUGAGCCCUGAAUACCCCCCCCCCAAGCUCUACAGCUUGUGCCCUCCAUCCCUCAGCCGGUACUGGGUGCUGCGUGUGCCGAAUCCGACCCUGCUGGAAAACACCCGCUGGGAAACCGGGAUGAACGGCUCAGCGCCGGGGGGUCACCCUGGCGAGUGCGUGCCCAGUGACCCGGUGCAGUUCGUGCUGGUGCCCGCCGUCUACUGCUUGGUGCUGUGCGUGGGGCUGCCCGGCAACCUGGUGGCUUUGCUGGUCUUCCUGCAGAGCGGGAAGGUGAGGAAGGCCAUCCGCAUCUACCUCAUCAACCUCACGUUGGCCGACAUCCUCUUCAACCUCACCCUGCCCCUCUGGAUCCCCUACUACCUGGCUGGGGGGGACUGGCUGCUCUCGGAGGCCGCGUGCCGCCUGGCUGGAGCUGCCUACUACCUGGCAACCUACAGCGCCAUCACCUUCAUGGUGCUCAUCAGCUUCAACCGGUACUGCGCGGUGCGGGUGGCGCGGCGGGAGCUGCCGCUGACGGGGCGCCGAGGAGCCGCGCUGGCUUGCGCCAUGGCUUGGCUGCUGGGGCUGGGCUGUGCCGUGCCCACCUUGGCCACCCAACAGACCUUCCCUGCCCGCGCCGGGGCCACCGCCUGCUUCGAGCAGCACGGCCGGCAGCAAGCAUACGCCUACGCCACGGUGGCCUUCUUCGCCGUUGCCUUCUUGGUGGUGUUGGGCACCUACGCCUCCAUCGCCCGGGUGCUCUCGGCGCCCGCCGCCGCCUCGCCGGGCUCCCACCGGCAGCAGGCACGUGCCAUGGUGCUGGGGAUGCUGUUGGUCUUCGUGGUCUGCGUGGCCCCGUACCACCUCACGCUGGCGCCGUGGGUGGGCAGCCAGCCCCCCGUGCCCCUCUGCGGGCCGCCCACCGCUCUGGACGUGCUGCACGCGCUGAGCGUCGCCCUGCUCAGCCUCAACAGCUGCCUCGACCCCGUCGUCUACUGCUUCUCCAUCCAGCGCUUCCGCGCCGAUUUGGGACGGACCCUGCGCAAGAUCGGCCGGUGCCUCCCGCUCUCCCCGACGGCCCCCGCUGGGCCCACGCCCGGCGUCCGUGCGUCCUCCUUUGCUUCUUCGUAGCUCGGUGGGUGCUGGGGUCCUGCCCUCUGGCUGCCUGGGAUCCACGAUCCUGGUGGGAUGAGGUUCCCUGGAGCAGGGAUGGGGAGCAGCAUGGGGGGGCUCCAGCUCCAUGCACCCCACCUCCUCCGCCCACCCUCGCGCGUUCCCGUGCACUCGUGGGCGCACGGUUGCCAUUCAUGCACGGAUCCUGCCCUGCGCAUUCGCUGCCUGCCUGGCAAGGGGGGGCUGAGCUGCUGCCGGGGGAGGCUGAGCCGUGCUGGGAGAGGAUGGGGAAGGAACUGUAGAAUCACUAGGUUGGAAAAGACCUCUUAGAUCAUCGAGCCCAACCAUUCCUACCUCCCCAAGGGAUGCUGUCCCUUCCUGGGGGUCUCCAUCCCACGGGGACACGCACGAGGGAAGACGUCUGGUGUGUGAGCUGGGCUGUUGGUGCCCCACGGCAGCGUGCCCGAGCCGCGUGCCUGCAUCCUGCCUGCUCUCAGCUGCGAUUAAAAAUGA